CGACCCCUUCUCAUGUACUGGGGUUGGGUCAUCCCAAGGAAACCGGAAUGCACGGACGGUGUUAGUGGGGGAACAGGAAGUUCCGGACAGAAGCGCACCAUUAUUCAGUGUAAAGAAAGCGCCAGAACGGUGCAGUCAAUAAGAUAACAUUCUUGUCCUUUUCUAUUUAUUACUACAGGCCGACUCAGAUUAAGUCUGAGGCCGGUAACAUAAACAGUGAGGACAAACGCAGCCUGCCUCUCUCCUUCCAAACUGAGUCCAAACCUACAGUCACUGGGUCCUGAUUGUGACAGUGGAGCCCAGUUUGCACUACAGGAUCCAGAGAUGGCAUCAGUGAAGCUGGAAGACUGCAGUCCAACAAUGGAGCUGAAUAUUGACAUUAAAGAUGAAGAAGAGGAGGAGAAGAUUGGGGGAUCUGUUAGUCAUGGUAUGAGGCCGGUAACAUCAACAGUGAGGACAAACCCAGCCUGCCUCUCUCCUUCCACAGUGAGUCCAAACCUACAGUCACUGGGUCCUGAUUGUGACAGUGGAGCCCAGUUUACACUGCAGGAUCCAGAGAUGGCAUCAGUGAAGCUGGAAGACUGCAGUCAAACACUGGAGCUGAAUGUCAACAUUAAAGAUGAAGAAGAAGACGAGGAGAAGAUUGGGAAAUCUGUUUCUCAUGGACGACUAGAAUUAAGUCUGAAGCCGGUAACAUCAACAGUGAGGACAAACCCAGCCUGCAUCUCUCCUUCCACACUGAGUAGGAACCUACAGUCACUGGGUCCUGAUUGUGACAGUAGAGCUCAGUUUGCUCUGCAGGAUCCAGAGAUGGCAUCAGUGAAGCUCGAAUGCGGUCAAACACUGGAGAAGAUUGUCAACAUUAAAGAUGAAGAAGAGGAGGAGCAGAUUGGGAAAUCUCUUUCUCAUGGAGACCAUGUUGAGACAUUCUCUACAUCCAGAGAGAAAGAGCAGGAAGAUCAUGGAGCUAAGAGGUCUCACCACUGCCCACAUUGUGAUGAGAUUUUCCCAAUUCUAUCAAAGCUAAAAAUACACACAGGAGAGGAUCCGUAUUCCUGUACUGACUGUGGGAAGAGAUUCACAACAUCAAGGGCUCUGACAGUUCAUCAGAGAGUGCACCCUGGAGAGAAGCCUUACUCCUGCCCUGACUGUGGAAAGAUUUUCUCUCGACUGGGCCACUUAAAAAGACACAAACAUAUACAUACAGGAGUGAAGCCUUACUCUUGCUCUGACUGUGUAAAAUGCUACACAACAUCAUCUGAGCUAAAACUUCAUCAGAGAGUGCACACUGGAGAGAAGCCUUACUCCUGCUAUGACUGUGGGAAGAGUUUCUCUCGACAGGGUUUUUUAAAAGCACAUGAACUUAUACAUACAGGAGUGAAGCCUUAUUCCUGCUCUGACUGUGGGAAGAUAUUCUCUCAACUGGGCCACUUAAAAAGACAUGAACGUAUACAUACAGGAGUGAAGCCUUACUCCUGCUCUGACUGUGGGAAGAUUUUCUCUCAACUGGGCCACUUAAAAAGACAUGAACGUAUACAUACAGGAGAGAAGCCUUACUCCUGCUCUGACUGUGGGAAGAUUUUCUCUCAACUGGGCCACUUAAAAAGACAUGAACGUAUACAUACAGGAGUGAAGCCUUACUCCUGCUCUGACUGUGUAAAAUGCUUCACAACAUCAACUGAGCAAAAAGUCCACCACAGAACACACACAGGAGAGAAGCCUUACUCCUGCUCUGACUGUGUAAAAUGCUUCACAACAUCAACUGAACUAAAAGUCCAUCAGAGAACACACACAGGCGAGAAGCCUUACUUCUGCUCUGACUGUGGAAAGAGUUUCUCUCAAUUGUGCCACUUAAAAAGACACCAAGGUAAACAUGAAGGAGAGAAGCCUUGCCACUGAUCUGACUGUUGAAAAUGUUUUAAAACAGCCAAGCUAAAAGGUCAUCAGAGAACAGACACAGGAGAGAAGCCUUAUAACUCUUCUUAAUUUGCCAAGAGUAACUUGAUUGAAAGUCAAAGUAUUUGGUUGUAAAUAUACCUUAGUAUCAAAAGUAAAAGUGAAUCAUUUAAAAUUCCUUAAAUGAACCUUUACGCGAUGGGUGUCCCUUAACCGGGACGGUUGUUGCUAACUUCUCCAAUGUGACUAGAAUUAUGUUGUAUACAACAGCCAACUUUCCAGGACAUAGACAUGUCUUUACAGUGGGGCAAAAAAGUAUUUAGUCAGCCACCAAUUGUGCAAGUUCUCCCACUUAAAAAGAUGAGAGGCCUGUAAUUUUCAUCAAAGGUACACUUCAACUAUGACAGACAAAAUGAGAAAAAAAA